AUGUCAAUUUUAGCACCAAUUACUUCAACCUAUGCAGGAAUUCUAGGUAUUUAUUACCUUAAAUUAACAUUUGAUAUUGGCACAGAAAGAAGAAAAGCAAAAACUUCUAUUGGUGAUGGUUCACAACAAUUAAUUCAAAAGAUAGUUGAUGCUGGUAAAAGUGGAAAAACUGAAAAUUUUUCAAAAAUUGAUUACCUUUCAUAUGAUGAUCUUUUGAGAUCAAUUAGAGCACAUGGAAAUUUUGCAGAAUUUGUACCAUUAGCAUUAUUAUUUUCAUUAAUUUGUGAAAUUAAUGGAAUUUCAAGUAAAUUAUUAACUGGAAUACUAUUUACAUUAACAGUUUCAAGAUUUUCUCAUGCAACAGGACUAAGAGCAAGUAAUGUUGGACGUAAAAUUGGUGUCUCUCUUACACUACUUUCAAUUUUAAUCCUUUCAAUUCUUUCUAUUUAUAUUCCAAAUAAAGAUACUAUUUUUAAUUUAUUUAAAAAUUAA